AAGGGCAUCUAUGUAUUAAGCAAGACCCUUAACUUUGCUCAAAGAACAGCUUUGACAGUACCUCUAGUGACCGCUUUGCAAGAUGGAACGGCGAGCCAUGCUGCUCCAUUUGGCAUUUUGGCUCUCGCUUACUUUCGUGCUAUCAGCCGUAAGCGGAAGGCCAACGGAUGGAGAAUUGCAACAAACAGACGAAGUAUCCAACGACGACGAUAUAGAAUACUAUUAUUGGUUUGAGGAAGAUUAUUCCUCAAGCAGUGCUAGCAGGCACAAAAGUUCAAGCAGCUAUACUAGUGAAUGGAGUUAUGAGUACUCCUUUUCCGAAGAUGACGAAGACAGUGCUUCCAAUAACAAAAAUAGUCAAAAAAGUUCGAAGUCAUCAGAGGAGGCAGAAGAGAGUGGCGAACAGAGAAAUAAGCAUGGAAGAACUGAGGAAGAAGGGAAGCAAGAAGAAAUCGCAAGUGAAGAAACUGACAAAUCCAGAAAAAGAAGUAGAAAAACAAGAGAAAAGAAAGAAAAAGGUGCCACUGAUUCGGAAGAAAGUAAUGAGAAUGAAGAGGUAACAGAUAAAGAAUCGCAUGUAACAGGCAGCAAAAAAGGCAAACGAUAUCGCACAAAAGAUGCAAAUAGUGAAGAAGAUGAAUCAGAAAGGGGAAAAGGUGAAAGUAAUAAAAGAAAAGGAAGCAAGCACCAGACUGGACAGAAGAAAGGAAACGGAAAGUCAGGAAAUGGUGAGGGUGAUGAUAGUGAUGCAGAAGGAAGCAAAGAAAAAAUAAAAGGUGGUGGAAAGAAAAAGGGAAAUAAGGAACAAAGACAAAGCUCUGAAACGGAAAAACAUGGUGGAAAUGAAGAAAAAGAUAACAAACAUGAUGAGAACGAUGAAGUUGGAGGAAAAGGAGGCAAGCACAAAACUGGUAAAAACGGAGGGAAAGGAAAGUCAGGAAAAGGAGAAGAUGACAUUGAUGAUGAGGAAGGAAAAGAAGGAAACAUGAAAAAGAGAGGCAAAAGUAAAGGUGGUAAAGAUCAAAACAAAGGCGGACAAAAGGACAAGCAUGAUGAACACGAGAAACAUGGAGGAAAAGGAGGCAAGGAAAAAUCUGGCAAAAAGGGAGGAAAAGGAAAGUCGGGAAAAGGAGAAGAUGACGAUGAUGAGAAGGAAGGAAAAGAUGGACAAAUGAAAAAGGAAGGUAAAAGUAAAGGUGGUGAAGAGCAAAAACAAGGCGAAGAAAAGGACAAACACGGAGGAAAAGGAAGCAAGCACAAAACUGGUAAAAAGGAAGGAAAGGGAAGGUCAGGGAAAGGAGAAGAUGACGAUGAUGAUGAGGAAGGGAAAGAAGGAAACAUAAAAAAGGGAGACAAAAGUAAAGGCGGUAAAGAUCAAAACAAAGGCGGACAAAAGGACAAGCAUGAUGAACACGAGAAACAUGGAGGAAAAGGAGGCAAGCAAAACACUGAUAAAAAGGGAGGAAAAGGAAAGACAGGAAAAGAAGAAGAUGAUGACGAUGAUGAGGAAGGGAUGGAAGGACAAAUGAAAACGGGAGGCAAAAGUAAAGGUGGUGAAGAUCAAAAACAAGGAGAAGAAAAGGACAAGCACGGAGGAAAAGGAGGCAAGCACAAAACCGGUAAAAAGGGAGGAAAAGGAAAGUCAGGAAAAGGAGAAGAUGAUGAUGAUGAGGAAGAAAAAGAAGGAAACAUGAAAAAGGGAGGCAAAAGUAAAGGUGGUAAAGAACAAAACAAAGGCGGACAAAAGGACAAGCAUGAUGAACACGACAAAGACGGAGGAAAAGGAGGCAAGGAAAAAUCUGGCAAAAAGGGAGGAAAAGGAAUGUCGGGAAAAGGAGAAGAUGACGAUGAUGAGAAGGAAGGGAAAGAUGGACAAAUGAAAAAGGGAGGUAAAAGUAAAGGUGGUGAAGAUCAAAAACAAGGAGAAGAAAAGGACAAGCACGGAGGAAAAGGAGGCAAGCACAAAACCGGUAAAAAGGGAGGAAAGGAAAAGUCAGGAAAAGGAGAAGAUGAUGAUGAUGAGGAAGAAAAAGAAGGAAACAUGAAAAAGGGAGGCAAAAGUAAAGGUGGUAAAGAUCAAAACAAAGGCGGACAAAAGGACAAGCAUGAUGAACACGACAAACACGGAGGAAAAGGAGGAAAGCAAAAAACUGGCAAAAAGGGAGGAAAAGGAAAGUCAGGAAAAGGAGAAGAUGACGAUGAUGAGGAGGAAGGGAAAGAUGGACAAAUGAAAAAGGGACGUAAAAGUAAAGGUGGUGAAGAUCAAAAACACGGCGAAGAAAAGGACAAGCAGGGAGGAAAAGGAAGCAAGCACAAAGCUGGUAAAAAGGGAGGAAAGGGAAAGUCAGGAAAAGGAGAAGAUGACGAUGAUGAUGAGGAAGGGGAAGAAGGAAACAUGAAAAAGGGAGGCAAAAGUAAAGGUGGUAAAGAUCAAAACAAAGGCGGACAAAAGGACAAGAAUGAUAAACACGACAAACAUGGAAGUAAAGGAGGCAAGCAAAAAACUGAUAAAAAGGGAGGAAAAGGAAAGACAGGAAAAGAAGAAGAUGAUGACGAUGAUGAGGAAGGGACGGAAGAACAAAUGAAAAAGGGUGGCAAAAGUAAAGGUGGUAAAGAUCAAAAACAAGGAGAAGAAAAGGACAAGCACGGAGGAAAAGGAGGAGAGCACAAAACCGGUAAAAAGGGAGGAAAGGGAAAGUCAGGAAAAGGAGGAGAUAAUGAUGAUGAGGAAGAAAAAGAAGGAAACAUGAAAAAGGGAGGCAAAAGUAAAGGUGGUAAAGAUCAAAACAAAGGCGGACAAAAGGACAAGCAUGAUGAACACGACAAACACGGAGGAAAAGGAGGAAAGCAAAAAACUGGCAAAAAGGGAGGAAAAGGAAAGUCAGGAAAAGGAGAAGAUGACGAUGAUGAGGAGGAAGGGAAAGAUGGACAAAUGAAAAAGGGACGUAAAAGUAAAGGUGGUGAAGAUCAAAAACAAGGCAAAGAAAAGGACAAGCAGGGAGGAAAAGGAAGCAAGCACAAAACUGGUAAAAAGGGAGGAAAGGGAAAGUCAGGAAAAGGAGAAGAUGACGAUGAUGAUGAGGAAGGGAAAGAAGGAAACAUGAAAAAGGGAGGCAAAAGUAAAGGUGGUAAAGAUCAAAACAAAGGCGGACAAAAGGACAAGAAUGAUGAACACGACAAACAUGGAAGUAAAGGAGGCAAGCAAAAAACUGAUAAAAAGGGAGGAAAAGGAAAGACAGGAAAAGAAGAAGAUGAUGACGAUGAUGAGGAAGGGACGGAAGGACAAAUGAAAAAGGGUGGCAAAAGUAAAGGUGGUAAAGAUCAAAAACAAGGAGAAGAAAAGGACAAGCACGGAGGAAAAGGAGGCAAGCACAAAACCGGUAAAAAGGGAGGAAAGGGAAAGUCAGGAAAAGGAGAAGAUGAUGAUGAUGAGGAAGAAAAAGAAGGAAACAUGAAAAAGGGAGGCAAAAGUAAAGGUGGUAAAGAUCAAAACAAAGGCGGACAAAAGGACAAGCAUGAUGAACACGACAAACACGGAGGAAAAGGAGGCAAGGAAAAAUCUGGCAAAAAGGGAGGAAAAGGAAUGUCGGGAAAAGGAGAAGAUGAUGACGAUGAGGAAGAAGGGACGGAAGGACAAAUGAAAAAGGGUGGCAAAAGCAAAGGUGGUGAAGAUCAAAAACAAGGAGAAGAAAAGGACAAGCACGGAGGAAAAGGAGGCAAGCACAAAACCGGUAAAAAGGGAGGAAAGGGAAAGUCAGGAAAAGGAGAAGAUGAUGAUGAUGAAGAAGAAAAAGAAGGAAACAUGAAAAAGGGAGGCAAAAGUAAAGGUGGUAAAGAUCAAAACAAAGGCGGACAAAAGGACAAGCAUGAUGAACACGACAAACACGGAGGAAAAGGAGGCAAGGAAAAAUCUGGCAAAAAGGGAGGAAAAGGAAAGUCGGGAAAAGGAGAAGAUGACGAUGAUGAGAAGGAAGGGCAAGAUGGACAAAUGAAAAAGGGAGGUAAAAGUAAAGGUGGUGAAGAUCAAAAACAAGGAGAAGAAAAGGACAAGCACGGAGGAAAAGGAGGCAAGCACAAAACCGGUAAAAAGGGAGGAAAGGGAAAGUCAGGAAAAGGAGAAGAUGAUGAUGAUGAGGAAGAAAAAGAAGGAAACAUGAAAAAGGGAGGCAAAAGUAAAGGUGGUAAAGAUCAAAACAAAGGCGGACAAAAGGACAAGCAUGAUGAACACGACAAACACGGAGGAAAAGGAGGCAAGGAAAAAUCUGGCAAAAAGGGAGGAAAAGGAAUGUCGGGAAAAGAAGAAGAUGAUGACGAUGAGGAAGAAGGGACGGAAGGACAAAUGAAAAAGGGUGGCAAAAGCAAAGGUGGUGAAGAUCAAAAACAAGGAGAAGAAAAGGACAAGCACGGAGGAAAAGGAGGCAAGCACAAAACCGGUAAAAAGGGAGGAAAGGGAAAGUCAGGAAAAGGAGAAGAUGAUGAUGAUGAGGAAGAAAAAGAAGGAAACAUGAAAAAGGGAGGCAAAAGUAAAGGUGGUAAAGAUCAAAACAAAGGCGGACAAAAGGACAAGCAUGAUGAACACGACAAACACGGAGGAAAAGGAGGCAAGGAAAAAUCUGGCAAAAAAGGAGGAAAAUUUAUGUCGGGAAAAGGAGAAGAUGACGAUGAUGAGAAGGAAGGGAAAGAUGGACAAAUGAAAAAGGGAGGUAAAAGUAAAGGUGGUGAAGAUCAAAAACAAGGAGAAGAAAAGGAAAAACACGGAGGAAAAGGAAGCAAGCACAAUACUGGUAAAAAGGGAGGAAAGGGAAGGUCAGGAAAAGGAGAAGAUGAUGACGAUGAUGAGGAAGGGACAGAAGGACAAAUGAAAAAGGGAGGCAAAAGUAAAGGUGGUAAAGAUCAAAAACAAGGAGAAGAAAAGGACAGGCACGGAGGAAAAGGAGGCAAGCACAAAACCGGUAAAAAGGGAGGAAAGGGAAAGUCAGGAAAAGGAGAAGAUGAUGAUGAUGAGGAAGAAAAAGAAGGAAACAUGAAAAAGGGAGUCAAAAGUAAAGGUGGUAAAGAUCAAAACAAAGGCGGACAAAAGGACAAGCAUGAUGAACACGACAAACACGGAGGAAAAGGAGGCAAGGAAAAAUCUGGCAAAAAGGGAGGAAAAGGAAUGUCGGGAAAAGGAGAAGAUGACGAAGAUGAGAAGGAUGGGAAAGAUGGACAAAUGAAAAAGGGAGGUAAAAGUAAAGGUGGUGAAGAUCAAAAACAAGGAGAAGAAAAGGACAAGCACGGAGGAAAAGGAGGCAAGCACAAAACCGGUAAAAAGGGAGGAAAGGGAAAGUCAGGAAAAGGAGAAGAUGAUGAUGAUGAGGAAGAAAAAGAAGGAAACAUGAAAAAGGGAGGCAAAAGUAAAGGUGGUAAAGAUCAAAACAAAGGCGGACAAAAGGACAAGCAAGAUGAACACGACAAACACGGAGGAAAAGGAGGAAAGCAAAAAAUUGGCAAAAAGGGAGGAAAAGGAAAGUCAGGAAAAGGAGAAGAUGACGAUGAUGAGGAGGAAGGGAAAGAUGGACAAAUGAAAAAGGGACGUAAAAGUAAAGGUGGUAAAGAUCAAAAACACGGCGAAGAGAAGGACAAGCAGGGAGGAAAAGGAAGCAAGCACAAAACUGGUAAAAAGGGAGGAAAGGGAAAGUCAGGAAAAGAAGAUGACGAUAAUGAUGAGGAAGGGGAAGAAGAAAACAUGAAAAAUGUAGGCAAAAGUAAAGGUGGUAAAGAUCAAAACAAAGGCGGACAAAAGGACAAGAAUGAUGAACACGACAAACAUGGAAGUAAAGGAGGCAAGCAAAAAACGGAUAAAAAGGGUGGAAAAGGAAAGACAGGAAAAGAAGAAGAUGAUGACGAUGAUGAGGAAGGGACGGAAGGACAAAUGAAAAAGGGUGGCAAAAGUAAAGGUGGUGAAGAUCAAAAACAAGGAGAAGAAAAGGACAAGCACGGAGGAAAAGGAAGCAAGCACAAAACUGGUAAAAAGGGAGGAAAGGGAAAGUCAGGAAAAGGAGAAGAUGACGAUGAUGAUGAGGAAGGGGAAGAAGAAAACAUGAAAAAGGGAGGCAAAAGUAAAGGUGGUAAAGAUCAAAACAAAGGCGGACAAAAGGACAAGAAUGAUGAACACGACAAACAAGGAAGUAAAGGACGCAAGCAAAAAACUGAUAAAAAGGGAGGAAAAGGAAAGACAGGAAAAGAAGAAGAUGACGAUGAUGAUGAGGAAGGGAAAGAUGGACACAUGAAAAAGGGAGGAAAAGGAAAGUCAGGAAAAGGAGAAGAUGACGAAGAUGAUGAGGAAGGGAAAGAAGGACACAUCAAAAAGGGAGGAAAAGGAAAGUCAGGAAAAGGAGAAGAUGACGAAGAUGAUGAGGAAGGGAAAGAAGGACACAUGAAAAAGGGAGGAAAAGGAAAGUCAGGUAAAGGAGAAGAAGAAGAAGAUGAUGAUGAAGAAAAAGAAGGACAAAUGAAAAGGGGAGGUAAAAGUAAAGGUGGUAAAGAUAAAAAACAAGGAGGACAAAAGGACAAGCAUGAUGAACAGGAGAAACACAGAGAAAAAGAAGCCAAGCACAAAACUAGUAAAAAGGGAGGAAAAGGAAAGUCAGGAAAAGGAAAGGAUGACGACGAUGAUGACGAAGGGAAAGAAGGACAUAUGAAGAAGGGAGGAAAAAGUAAAGGUGGUAAAGAUCAAAAACAAGGUGGACAAAAGGACAAACAUGAUGAAAUGGACAAAAACGGUGGAAAACGAGGCAAGCACAAAACUAGUAAAAAGGGAGGAAAAGGAAAGUCAGGAAAAAGGAGAGAAGACGAUGAUGAUGAGGAAGGGAAUGAUGGACACAUGAAAAAGGGAGGAAAAUUGAAGUCAGGUAAAGAAGAAGAUGAAGACGAUGAGGAGGAAGGGAAAGAAGGACACAUGAAAAAGGGAGGCAGAAGUAAAGGUGGUAAAAAUGAAAAACAAGGCGGACAAAAGGACAAGCAUGACGAAAAGGACAAACACGGUGGAAAACGAGGCAAGCACAAAACUGGUAAAAAGGGAGGAAAACGAAAGUCAGGAAAAGGAGAAGAUGACGAUGAUGAUGAGGAAGGGAAAGAUGGACACAUGAAAAAGGGAUUAAAAGGAAAGUCAGGUAAAGGAGAAGAAGAAGAUGAUGAUGAUGAAGAAAAAGAAGGACAAAUGAAAAAGGGAGGCAAAAGUAAAGGUGGUAAAGAUAAAAAACAAGGCGGACAAAAGGACAAGCAUGAUGAACAGAAAAAACACGGAGGAAAAGGAGCCAAGCACAAAACUGGUAAAAAGGGAGGAAAAGGAAAGUCAGGAAAAGGAAAAGAUGACGACGAUGAUGACGAAGGGAAAGAAGGACACAUGAAGAAGGGAGGAAAAAGUAAAGGUGGUAAAGAUCAAAAACAAGGUGGACAAAAGGACAAACAUGAUGAAAUGGACAAAAACGGUGGAAAACGAGGCAAGCACAAAACUAGUAAAAAGGGAGGAAAAGGAAAGUCAGAAAAAAGGAGAGAAGACGAUGAUGAUGAGGAAGGGAAUGAUGGACACAUGAAAAAGGGAGGAAAAUUGAAGUCAGGUAAAGAAGAAGAUGAAGACGAUGAGGAGGAAGGGAAAGAAGGACACAUGAAAAAGGGGGGCAGAAGUAAAGGUGGUAAAAAUGAAAAACAAGGCGGACAAAAGGACAAGCAUGACGAAAAGGACAAACACGGUGGAAAACGAGGCAAGCACAAAACUGGUAAAAAGGGAGGAAAACGAAAGUCAGGAAAAGGAGAAGAUGACGAUGAUGAUGAGGAAGGGAAAGAUGGACACAUGAAAAAGGGAGGAAAAGGAAAGUCAGGUAAAGGAGAAGAAGAAGAUGAUGAUGAUGAAAAAAAAGAAGGACAAAUGAAAAAGGGAGGCAAAAGUAAAGGUGGUAAAGAUAAAAAACAAGGCGGACAAAAGGACAAGCAUGAUGAACAGAAAAAACACGAAGGAAAAGGAGCCAAGCACAAAACUGGUAAAAAGGGAGGAAAAGGAAAGUCAGGAAAAGGAGAAGAUGACGAUGAUGAUGAGGAAAGGAAAGAAGGAAACAAGAAAAAGGGAGGAAAACGAAAGUCAGGAAAAGAAGAAGAUGACGAUGAUGAUGAGGAAGGGAAAGAUGGACACAUGAAAAAGGGAGGAAAAGGAAAGUCAGGUAAAGGAGAAGAAGAAGAAGAUGAUGAUGAAGAAAAAGAAGGACAAAUGAAAAAGGGAGGCAAAAGUAAAGGUGGUAAACAUAAAAAACAAGGCGGACAAAAGGACAAGCAUGAUGAACAGAAAAAACACGGAGGAAAGGGAGCCAAGCACAAAACUGGUAAAAAGGGAGGAAAAGGAAAGACAGGAAAAGGAGAAGAUGACGAUGAUGAUGAGGAAAGGAAAGAAGGAAACAAGAAAAAGGGAGGAAAACGAAAGUCAGGAAAAGAAGAAGAUGACGAUGAUGAUGAGGAAGGGAAAGAUGGACACAUGAAAAAGGGAGGAAAAGGAAAGUCAGGUAAAGGAGAAGAAGAAGAAGAUGAUGAUGAAGAAAAAGAAGGACAAAUGAAAAGGGGAGGCAAAAGUAAAGGUGGUAAAGAUAAAAAACAAGGCGGACAAAAGGACAAGCAUGAUGAACAGAAAAAACACGGAGGAAAAGGAACCAAGCACAAAGCUGGUAAAAAGGGAGGAAAAGGAAAGUCAGGAAAAGGAGAAGAUGACGAUGAUGAUGAGGAAGGGAAAGAAGGAAACAUGAAAAAGGGAGGAAAAGGAAAGUCAGGUAAAGGAGAAGAAGAAGAUGAUGAUGAUGAAGAAAAAGAAGGACAAAUGAAAAAGGGAGGCAAAAGUAAAGGUGGUAAAGAUAAAAAACAAGGCGGACAAAAGGACAAGCAUGAUGAACAGAAAAAACACGGAGGAAAAGGAGCCAAGCACAAAACUGGUAAAAAGGGAGGAAAAGGAAAGUCAGGAAAAGGAGAAGAUGACGAUGAUGAUGAGGAAGGGAAAGAAGGACACAUGACAAAGGAAGGCAAAAGUAAAGGUGGUAAAGAUCAAAAACAAGGCGGACAAAAGGACAAGCAUGAUGAACAGGAAAAACACAGAGGAAAAGGAGCCAAGCACAAAACUGGUAAAAAGGGAGGAAAAGGAAAGUCAGGAAAAGGAGAAGAUGACGACGAUGAUGACGAAGGGAAAGAAGGACACAUGAAAAAGGGAGGAAAAAGUAAAGGUGGUAAAGAUCAAAAACAAGGCGGACAAAAGGACAAGCAUGAUGAGCAGGAGAAACACAGAGGAAAAGAAGCCAAGCACAAAACUGGUAGAAAGGGAAGAAAAGGGAAGUCGGGAAAAGGAGAAGAUGAUGAUGAUGAGGAAGAAAAAGAAGGAAAGAUGAAAAAGGGAGGCAAAAGUAAAGGUGGUAAAGAUCAAAACAAAGGCGGACAAAAGGACAAGCAUGACGAAAAGGACAAACACGGUGGAAAACGAGGCAAGCACAAAACUGGUAAAAAGGGAGGAAAACGAAUAUCAGGAAAGGAAGAAGAUGACGAUGAUGAUGAGGAAGGGCAAGAUGGACACAUGAAAAAGGGAGGAAAAGGAAAGUCAGGUAAAGGAGAAGAAGAAGAUGAUGAUGAUGAAGACAAAGAAGGACAAAUGAAAAAGGGAGGCAAAAGUAAAGGUGGUAAAGAUAAAAAACAAGGCGGACAAAAGGACAAGCAUGAUGAACAGAAAAAACACGGAGGAAAAGGAGCCAAGCACAAAACUGGUAAAAAGGGAGGAAAAGAAAAGUCAGGAAAAGUAGAAGAUGACGACGAUGAUGAGGAAGGGAAAGAAGGACACAUCAAAAAGGGAGGAAAAGGAAAGUCAGCAAAAGGAGAAGAUGACGAGGAUGAUGAGGAAGGGAAAGAUGGACACAUGAAAAAGGGAGGAAAAGGAAAGUCAGGUAAAGGAGAAGAAGAAGAAGAUGAUGAUGAAGAAAAAGAAGGACAAAUGAAAAGGGGAGGCAAAAGUAAAGGUGGUAAAGAUAAAAAACAAGGCGGACAAAAGGACAAGCAUGAUGAACAGAAAAAACACGGAGGAAAAGGAGCCAAGCACAAAACUGGUAAAAAGGGAGGAAAAGGAAAGUCAGGAAAAGGAGAAGAUGACGAUGAUGAUGAGGAAGGGAAAGAAGGACACAUGACAAAGGAAGGCAAAAGUAAAGGUGGUAAAGAUCAAAAACAAGGCGGACAAAAGGACAAGCAUGAUGAACAGGAGAAACACAGAGGAAAAGGAGCCAAGCACAAAACUGGUAGAAAGGGAAGAAAAGGAAAGUCAGGAAAAAUGCAAAAAGAUGAUGAUGAUGAGGAAGGGAAAGAUAGACUCAUGAAAAAGGGAGGAAAAGAAAAGUCAGGUAUAGGAGAUGAUGACGAUGAUGACAAAGAAGGACAAAUGAAAAAGGGAGGUAAAAGUAAAGGUGGUGAAGAUAAAAAACAAGGCGGACAAAAGGACAAGCAUGAUGAACAGAAAAAACACAAAGGAAUAGGAGCCAAGCACAAAACUGGUAAAAAGGGAGGAAAAGGAAAGUCAGGAAAAGGAAAAGAUGACGAUGAUGACGAGGAAAUGAAAGAAGGAAACAUGAAAAAGGGAGGAAAAGGAAAGUCAGGAAUAGGAGAAGAUGACGAUGAUGAAGAGGAAGGGAAAGAAGGACACAUGACAAAGGAAGGCAAAAGUAAAGGUGGUAACGAUAAAAAACAAGGCGGGCAAAAGGACAAGCAUGAUGAAAAGGACAAACACGGUGGAAAACGAGCCAAGCACAAAACUGGUAAAAAGGGAAGAAAAGGAAAGCCAGGAAAAAGGCAAGAUGACGAUGAUGAUGAGGAAGGGAAAGAUGGACGCAUGAAAAAGGGAGGAAAAGGAAAGUCAGGUAAAGGAGAAGAUGAUGAUGAUAAGGAGAAAGAAGGAAAAAUGAAAAAGGGAGGCAAAAGUAAAGGUGGUAAAGAUAAAAAACAAGGCGGACAAAAGGACAAGCAUGAUGGACAGAAAAAACACGGUGGAAAAGGAGCCAAGCACAAAGUUGGCAAAAAGGGAGGAAAAGGAAAGUCCGGGAAAGGAGAAGAUGACGAUGAUGAUGAGGAAGGGCAAGAAGGACACAUGAAAAAGGGAGGCAAAAGUAAAGGCGGUAAAAAUCAAAAACAAGGCUCACAAAUAGACAAUGAUGAUGAACGCGUCAAACACAGAGGAAAAGGAGGCAAGAACAAAACUGGUAAGAACGGAAGAAAAAGAAAUUCAAAAAAAGGAGAAGACGACGAUGAUGAUGAGGAUGGGAAAGGAGGACACAUGAAAAAGGGAGGCAGAAGCAAACGCGGUAAAAAUCACAAACAUGGCGGACAAAAAGACAAGAAUGAUAAACACGACAAACAGGGAGGAAGAGGAAAGUCAAGAAAAGGAGAAGAUGAUGAGGAAGGGAAAGAACGACAGAUGAAAAAGGGAGGAAAAGGAAAGUCUGGAAAAGGAGAAAAAGACGAUGACGAUGAGGAAGGGAAAGAAGGGCACAUGCAAAAAGGAGGCAAAAGUAAAGGUCGUAAAAAUCACAAACAUGGUGGACAAAAAGACCAAAGUGAUAAACACGACAAACUGCGAAGAAAAGGAAAGUCAAGAAAAGAAGAAGAUGAUGAUGAUGAUGAGGGAGGGAAAGAAAGACGGAUGAAAAAGGGAGGAAAGGGAAAGUCGGGAAAAGGAGAAGAUGACGAUGAUGAUGAGGAAGGGAAAGAAGGGCACAUGGAAAAGGGAGGCAAAAGUAAAGGCCGUAAAAAUCAUAAACAUGGCGGACAAGAGGACAAGCAUGAUAAACACGACAAGCAGGGACGAAAAGGAAAUUCAAGAAAAGGUGAAGAUGAUGAUGAUGAUGAUGAGGAAGGGGAAGAAAGGCGGUUGAAAAAGGGAGGAAAAGGAAAGUCUGGAAAAGAAAAGUAUGACGAUGAUGAUGAGGAAGGGGAAGAAGGAGACAUGAAAAAGGGAGGCAAGAGUAAAGGCCUUAAAGAUCAUAAACAUGGCAGACAAAAGUGCAAGCAUGAUGAACAUGACAAACACGGAGGAAAAGGCGCCAAGCACAAAUCUGGCAAAAAGAGAGGAAAAGGAAAGUCAGGGAAAGGAGAUGAUGACUAUGAUGAUGACGAAGAGAAAGAAGGGCACAUGCAGAGGGGAGGCAAAAGUAAAGGCCGUAAAAAUCACAAACAUGGCGGACAAAAGGACAAGCAUGAUGAGCACGACAAACAGGGAGGAAAAGGAAAGUCAAGAAAAGAAGAUGAUGAUGAUGAUGAGGAUGGGAAGGAAAGACAGAUGAAAAGAGGAGGAAAAGGAAAGCCAGGAAAAGGAGAAGAUGAAGAUGAUGAUGAGGAAGGGAAAGGAGGACACAUGAAAAAGGGAAGAAAAAGUAAAGGUGGUAAAAGUCACAAACAUGGCGGACAAAAGGACAAGCAUGAUAAACACGACAAACAGGGACGAAAAGGAAAGUCAAGAACAGGAGAAGAUGAUGAUGAUGAUGAGGAAGGGAAAGAAAGAAGGAUGAAAAAGGGAGGAAAAGGAAAGUCUGGAAAAGGAGAAGAUGACGAUGAUGAUGAGGAAGGGAAAGAAGGACACAUGCAAAAGGGAGGCAGAAGUAAAGACCGUAAAAAUCACAAACAUCACGGACAAAAGGACAAGCAUGAUAAACACGACAAACAGGGACGAAAAGGAAAGUCAGGAAAAGGAGAAGAUAACGAUGAUGAUGAGGAAGGGAAAGAAGGACACAUGAAAAAGGGAAGAAAAAGUAAAGGAGGUAAAGAUCAUAAACAUGGUGGACAAAGGUACAAGCAUAAAAAACACGACAAACAGGGACGAAAAGGAAAGUCAAGAACAGGAGAAGAUGAUGAUGAUGAUGAGGAAGGGAAAGAAAGACGGAUGAAAAAGGGAGGAAAAGGAAAGUCUGGAAAAGGAGAAGAUGAUGAUGAUGAUGAGGAAAUGAAAGAAGGACACAUGAAAAAGGGAGGCAAAAGUAAAGGCCUUAAAGAUCACAAACAUGGCGGACAACAGGACAAGCAUGAUGAUCAUGACAAACACGGAGGAAAAAGAGGCAAGCACAAAUCUGACAAAAAGAGAGGAAAAGGAAAGUCAGGGAAAGGAGAAGAUGACGAUGAUCAUGACGAAGAGAAAGAAGGGAACAUGCAAAAGGGAGGAAAAAGUAAAGGCCGUAAAAAUUACAAACAUGGCGGACAAAAAGACAAGCAUGAUGAGCACGACAAACAGGGAGGAAAAGGAAAGCCAAGAGAAGGAGAUGAUGAUGAUAAGGAGGAAGGGGAAGAAAGACAAAUGAAAAGGGGAGGAAAAUUAAAGCCAGGAAAGGGAGAAGAUGACGAUGAUGAUGAGGAAGGGAAAGGAGGGCACAUGAAAAAGGGAGGAAAAGGAAAGUCUAUAAAAAAAGAAGAUGACGAUGAUGACAAGGAAGGGAAAGAAGGGCACAUGAAAAAGGGAGGCAGAAGUAAAGGUCUUAAAGAUCACAAACAUGGCGGACAAAAGGACAAGCAUGAUAAACAUGAAAAACACGGAGGAAAAGGCGGCAAGCAGAAAUCUGGCAAAAAGAGAGGAAAAGGAAAGUCAAGGAAAGUAGAAGAUGACGAUGAUGAUGAGGAUGGGAAAGAAAAGCACAUGCAAAAGGGAGGCAAAAGUAAAGGUGGUAAAGAUGAAAAACAAGGCAGACAAAAGGAGAAGGCUGAUGUAUACGACCAAAACGGAGGAAAAGGAGGCAAGCAGAAAUCUGGCAAAAAGGGAGGAAAAGGAAAGUCAGGAAAAGGAGAAGAUGACGAUGAUGAUGAGGAAGGGAAAGAAGGAAACAUGAAAAAGGGAGGAAAAGGAAAGUCUGGUAUAGGAGAAGAUGAUGAUGAUGAUGAGAAAGGGAAAGAAGGACACGUGAAAAAGGGAGACAAAAGUAAGAGUGGCAAAGAUCAAAAACAUGGUGGACAAAAGGACAGGCAUGAUGAACACGAUGAUGAUGAGGAUAAAAGAAGGAAAGGACAUACGAAAAAAGGAGGUAAAAGUAAGGGAAGUAAAGGACGCAAGUCCAAAUCUCAAAUCGAAAAACAUGGUGGACUUAGAGGUAAACAUAAUGAACACGAUGAUAAAGGUGGAAAAACAGGCAAGCACAUGACCGGAGGAAAGAAAGGUAAAGGAAAGUCAGAUAAAGGAGAGGAGGAUGACAAGGAUGAAGGUGGAAAAAAUGUUCAUAGGAGAAAAGGAAGUAAAGAUAAUAAAGGAAAAGGAGGCAGACACGAAUCGCAAACAGGAAAACAUGGUGGUCAAAAACACAAACAUUAUAAACACCGGGGAGACACUAAAGAAGGAGGCAAGCAUAAUGCCGACAAAAAUAAAGGAAAAUCUGGAAAGGAAGAACAAGACGAUUAUGAUGAGGAAGAACAAGACGAUUAUGAUGAGGAAGAACAAGACGAUUAUGAUGAGGAAGAACAAGACGAUUAUGAUAUGGAAGAACAAGACGAUUAUGAACAAGGAGAAAAGCACCACCAUAAAAAUUCCCAUCAUGGAAAUAAACCACAGAAAGAUCAAGACGAAACAGACAGCGGACAGAAAAAUCAAAAUAAACAGAAGCAUGGAGAGAAAGUGACAUACAAGACAGAAACUAGUGAAUAUACUUACUAUGAACGAUAUGAAUUUUUGGUUACCUACAGCUUCGAGGAAAUUGUUUCCAGUGAGAAGUAUGAUGAAUUUUGUGCACUUUUUGGCACUUGUGCAUACUCUAAGAGUUUCUUCAAUUUCGUCAAAUAUUGCCAUCAGAGUGAAGAGAAACCUGCAAAUUAUGACACUAAUUUUGAGAAAUGCAUUAAUAUUUAUAUUGAAACAGAAGAUAUCGAUGCAGAUCAGGAAUUAUAUGAAACUUAUGAACGAGAUCUUUAUGGAAACAGCUCAUCUCAAGAAGAGGAAAAAGGUAAGGAAGAAAGCUCGGACAAUGAUUCUGGAGAAGAAUUCGAAGAAAGUGAAGAAAUAUAUGAAAUGUAUGAAUAUCAUUUGUAUGAAUCCAAGUCAACUGACGAAGAAAAUCAAGAAACUUCAAAGAAGCCUUCUGAUGAGGAACAAACAACAUCAGAAAAAUCGAAGAACGAACAGGGCAAAGAAAGAAAACCAGAAGGUCGUGAUAAAGGAAAGGGAGUCGAAAAGAAAAAAACAGAUGAAAAUCGGGAAAAUGACAAAGGAAAAAGGAAUGAUGAUAUUAAUAUGGACAAAAAAAAUAAAAAGAAUACCGAUAAUAACUAUGAUGACCAGAACGAAAACACUGACAAGGACAUGAGCAAAGGAAAGAAAAAGAAGGAUCGCGGUAAGGAAUCUGGAGGUAAAGGGAAACCGGGGCAUACAACGACAGGAAAAAGUGAAAAGUAUGAAAGUUAUCAUAGUGAGCAAAGUGAACAGUCCUAUAGGGCACGUUACGAAUUUUUGAUCGAUAUACAGUACGAAGAUGUUUACUAUGGAGAAAACUGGGAUCACUUUUGUUCUUUAUUUGAAGUCUGUCCGUAUUCCGAAAGCAUCUUUAAUUUUGUUAAAUAUUGCCACAAAGAUGAAGUAGAGCCGGAGAACUACAAAGUCAAUUUCAAGCAAUGUAUCGAGUACUUUUAUCAGUCUGGGGAUUUUGAAAUUCAUGAAGAUUUAUAUGAAAAAUAUGAAUAUAAAUUGUACGAAAAGCACGAAUCAAACGAUAAUGGAAGUGGAGGUAAUGAUGGAAGUGCGUAUUACCAAAGACAUGAGUUUUUGAUCAGUUUAGAGUACGAUCAAGUAUUUUUUGAUGAUAAAUGGAACACGUUUUGCAGUUUAUUCAAAGAAUGCGCUUGGUCCCAGAGCUUUUUUGAUUUUGUGAAAUACUGCCAUCGUUAUGAAACAAAACCUAUCAACUAUGAAAAAAACUUUGACAAAUGCAUCGAAAUUUACAAUUUCUCCGGUGACUUUGAAGUUUAUGAAGAUUUGUACGAGACUUAUGAAACGAAUCUGCACUCAGACGAAAGCUCUAGCGAAACCACAUCGACAAGCAUUUCAACAGAAAGCAAAACCUCCAGCACCGAUACUAGCUACGAAGAAAAAUACAAGUAUUUUCUCAGCAUUAAGUUCGAGGAUGUUUAUGAAGAAGAAAACUACAAUACAUUUGUUUCCCUCUUCGGCUACGCCCCCGAUACUGAAAUAAUUUUUUACUUGACUAAGCACUGCUUCCAAAACUCUGAGAAGCCCCCAAACCAUGACAGCAAUUACGAAAAAGCACUUGACUUAUAUUUCCGAUUCGAGUACAGCUACCUGGAAGAACUCUUUGCCGCUUACGAUGAGAACCUGUAUGAAGAGAAAAGCAGUAGUUCCUACUCCUACAGUUAUUCCAACUCCGAGAGUAACACAAGCGGCCAGCCAGGCUCCGAAGAAGGCUAUUCUUACUCCAACUCAGAGUCUUCUUCCAAUGGUGACUCUUGGAGUUACUCUUACAGUAACCAGUACUCCUCGAUGCAAGAUGGCGAUAAUUACUCGCAAAGUGAUCAAUAUCCACCACAGGACGGACAAAGUGGACAAGACGGCGGACAAAGUAAUUCUGAUUUGUAUCAAAACAGUCAAAGCUCGUCAGAAUACUCUUCCUCUUAUGAAAGUAGUAGUUCCAAUACCGAGCAGAGUUCAACCUAUACAUAUGACUUCAUUUUUUGAUAAGAAAAUUCUUUUGUGUGAAUUGCUAAUAUACAACUAUUUUUCUUGCACUUAUCAAUAUUGCUUUGAAGGUGAUGGGUUCUUAACACUUAUGCUCAUGUUAUAAAUAAAAAGAUUUAUGUAAUGAA